UCCCGGGCAGGAUUUGGCCUGUGUCCUUGCCUGAGUUUGGUGAUAGUGGUUCCGUAUAAGCCCUUGGUUACUCCAGCAGGCUGGUGGUAUAGCCGGAAUAGUCACCAUAUGGAUGCUACAUGGUGCAACGUUGUCGCCAUAGCCAUUUCCAAUAGCAGAGUUAUGGAGAUCAACUUGUCCAGCAUCACCCUCCGUCCAUUCCGGCUAUCAGAUGUCGAAGAUCUCAUGACAUAUGCCGGCGAUGAGCAAGUGACUCAACACCUCAGAUGGAAGACUUUGACAACCAAAGAGGAGGCUCUCACUUUCCUCAAAGAUGUUUGUAUCCCCCACCCUUGGCGCCGGUCAAUAUGCAUUGAUGACCAUUCAAUCGGCUUCAUAUCGGUCUUUCCGUGGUCAGGAGAUGAGAGUCACAAGGCUGAUAUCGGGUAUGCUAUAUCCCCAAAGUACUGGGGACAAGGAAUAGCCAGUGAAGCAGUUAAGACUGCUGUCCCUCAAGUGUUCAAGGACUUCCCUCAUUUGCUUAGGUUGCAAGCUUUUGCAAAUUCAAAGAAUAAGGCCUCUCAGAGGGUUUUGGAGAAAGCUGGGUUUCAGAAGGAGGGUUUGUUGAGAAAAUAUGGAUGUCUUAAGGGAGAAAUUAUUGAUUUGGUUGUUUAUAGUUUUCUAUCAACAGAUUAGACUAGUAGACGUCCGAGAAUCCAGCAAUGAAUAAUUGGUCUUCUAUGCUAAAUAUGGGGACUUUUAUGUAUGUAACUUUUUUAUUAUAAGUAAUUGUGAUAAACUUUGCUCC